GGCAGCGGUUUCUUGUGCUAAGGACGAAUCUGAUCUUUGGAAGAUUCUUACUAGAGACUAUCCGAAAGGGAGGGUUUAAACUGUGUUGAACCGUCUCAGCCUCCUCCGGUGUUGCUUUUCCACUACCAAAUGAUUCAGGAGUUGGGCAGCCACUUUUGCCGCUGCCAAAGCGCCCCAGCCUGCUGAACUGUCACUGAAAACAGGAUUCGAGUUGCUAUUAGCCAUGAGCUGUUUGGAUGUUAUGUACCAGGUGUAUGGUCCUCCCCAGCCUUACUUUACAGCAGCCUACAGCCCCUAUCAUCAGAAGUUAACCUUUUACUCAAAGAUGCAAGAAGCCCCUGAACUUGUUGGCCCUAACAGCAGUGGCAUUAGUAACAGCAGCACCAGCAGUAAUAGCAGCUCCUUCUCCAGUCCAGUAGCUGCAAGCAUCAAAGAGGAAGACUGCGGUGGGGAAAAGGAAAGGCCCCCUGAAGCUGAAUACAUCAAUUCUCGAUGUGUGCUUUUUACCUACUUCCAAGGGGACAUAAGCUCUGUAGUAGAUGAACAUUUCAGCCGAGCUCUCAGCCAGGCCAGCAGCUAUAGUCCCAGCAACGGCAGCAACAAAAGUUCCAGAACCGCCCCCAGCUCUUGGCGAGAGGGAUCCUUCCCAAUGAAUCAGAGGAGUUUCCCACCAUCUUUUUGGAACAGCACCUACCAGCCUACAGUUACUGCUACCUUGAGCGGCAGCCUUGGUAGUCCCCUCGCUGGGCCACAUACAGAUCUGCCUUUUGCACCAGAUCCUUAUUCGACUGCUUCAUUACACAGCCAUCUGCACCAGGGUCCUCCUGAGCCCUGGCACCAUGCACAUCACCACCAUCAUCCUUACUCCCUCGGAGGUGCUAUCAGUACUCAGACAUCUGCAUAUCCACGACCAAGCAUGCAUGAAGUCUACAGCACGCAUUUUGACCCACGCUAUAGCUCAUUGUUAGUGCCUUCUGUACGACCUCAUCGACUAACUCCAGCUACAGUCUCCACAACAGUAAACCCACAGUGUGACAUAGGGAAAAAUGAACCAACUACAUCUGCAUGGACAACUCCAGGGCCCUUUUCUGGGCCAGGUGCAGAUAUGGGUCAAAGCCUCAGCCUGAAUGUAGACACAGUCUCAGGUCUGCAGCCACAAGAUAAAAGCAAGGAUUUGUAUUGGUUUUAAAGCUGUCCUUCACCUGCCUACCUUGCUGACUACCUAGUAUACAGUUCUUCUUGGUAUAAAUGGUGACAUUAAAAAUGGUGAAAUUCAGGUUAUAACAGAUUGUGAUCUCGGUUUCAGCCCGACGUUAUUCCCUUUGUGGUGGACCCUUGCUGAGCUGAUUGCACACAAUAUGACAUGCCAGUACUUUUUUCGGAUCCUUUCUCAUAAAUGAGUAUACAGGACAAGACUCAGCCAUUUCAAGGACAAGCACUGUGACAGUAUAUAUAAGACUAAAAGCUUCAUGAAAUUUCUUGGAAACAUGAGAAGACUUUUGUUAGCCAGCUGACCAUAUUCUUCUAAAGAUAGUGACUGAUCUUAAAUUAAAUAAAUUUAGAGAGUUCAAGACAGAGACGUGCUCUGUCUGGACUUAUAAAGCACUGAGGUCAACACACAUUUGUAUAUUAUUGAAAAACAAAAGUGGUGAUCAUAAUAAAAUAAACAUUUCUUGUUGCUGUUGUUGUGAAUAUUUUGAUAUAUAUAUUGUACAUGUUUUUAUUGCAUUAAAAUGAGUGUGCAAAUCCCAGUGUAAAAGUGUUCUCCUACUGAUCUACAACCGUUCUACCAAUGUUUAUUUCAAUGUUUAGGGACUUUACAUUCACUGGACAGUAUUUCAACAGUCUGGAUUUUAACUCGUAUUAAACAUUAUUAUAUGGACAACCAUCUAGAAGUACUGGACAAGAAAAAAUGUUUCUCUACUCAUUACUGGCAAGUAGUUGUUUGGAUCUGCACCUGUUCUCUCUGCUACAGAAAUGCAGCUGUUAAGGACACAACUGUUCAAACCUGACAAUCUUUACAAGGAAAGUAGUUGUAUCCAGACCCCAGAAAGACAAAUGCAUGGGGAUUUUUUCAGUCACGUUUCUAAUGAAAGAAGAGCUCUUAAUAAAAUACAUAGACAGGUUUUGUAGCAGAACUGGACCAAUGAGAAAGAAGUGCUGUGAACAGUACAUGGACGAAUUUAGAGCCAGUUGGCCCCACAUGUCCACAAGUGUCACUUUGAGUGAGGGACAGAAAAAGAGAAAUCAAAAUACUGUGCUGUUGUAUAAGCUGUAUUCAGGAGCCUUCUUAAAAACACUUAUGCAUCUUUUUGGGUGUAACGUUAGCAACAGAACAAACAUGAAGUGUCGUCUGAAUAGUAGCAAUUCUGUACAAAGUGUUUCAAUAAAAAUGUUUCCUUGUUUUUCUACA